AUGGCGACGGUUGCUACGAGCCCUCUUGCGGGAUUGUCAUGUCUGUGGCCUGAUGGUGCAGAAGAACCCUCUCUCCAGUCGUGGAUACAGUGGAAAACAUCUUUCCAACAUCAACUGACUCUCUUUCCUGUGUUAAACCUCUCUAUCGUGUUAUCCGAUACCCAUUGGAUUAUGUUAUUCCGCCAAGCCCUUGGAUCAGAAGGACAACGCCAUUUUGACGCUAUGAACUUGAUGGCUAAGACCAGUAUUGUGCACGUGAUUCAGUUGUUUGAGGAAUUGUGGGGAAUCCAACAAAGUGUGUUUUCCGCUCGUUAUCAGUUUUUCAAGCUACAGCAACGAUGCGGAGAAAGUGUAAAUGAUUUCAUUGCCCGCAUUCAUCACGCCUAUUCGCAGGUAGAGUUGGAUGAGACCUCCCGACGUCUUACGACGAUCAGUACACAUUUGGGGAUAUUCGAAUACACUAGACUGCCUUUCGGGAUGAACUCAGCGCCGGAGAUCUUCCAAAGGAUAAUUGACAAUAUCGUGCGUGACAUACCGAACACUUGCGCAUAUCUCGAUGAUAUCCUUAUCACGGGCCGCACAGAAAAGGAGCACUUGUAUACGUUGGACCGUGUGUUGCAUAAACUCUCUGAACACGGUUUGCGUUUGAAACGCUCCAAAUGUGCUUUCCUAGUUGAUUCAGUUGACUACCUCGGUUAUAGACUGGACAAGAAUGGUUUACACGCGCGGAAAGAUAAAUUACAACCCAUUAUUUCUGCACCCUCACCUCGUAACGGAGCCCAGUUACGCUCGUUCGUUGGAAUGCUUUCACAUUAUCGUCGGUUCCUACCUAAUCUUGCUUCUGUUCUAGCACCACUCCACAAUUUGCUGAGAAAAGAUUCUAAGUGGUGUGAUGCUUCACCUUUUGGAGUCGGGGCAGUGCUGGGACAUAAAGUCCACGACGGAACAGUUCGCCCUAUUGCUUUCGCGCCCCGCACAUUACAACCUGCUGAGAAGAAUUACGCACAAUUAGACAAGGAAGCACUGGCCGUAGUAUUCGGAGUAAGGCGGUUCCAUCAGUACUUGUGGGGCAACCAGUUUGAGAUACAGACUGACCAUAAACCACUGUUGUCACUUCUCGGUAAGGAACGAGGCAUAGAACAACUUAACGCACCCCGAAUGGUACGCUGGGCCCUCCUACUUUCUGCUUACAAUUAUCAAAUCCGAUACAUUGCCGGUCCUCAAAAUAAUGUCGCUGAUGCGCUCAGUAGAUUGCCACAGAUUGACCAACAGGGGGAAAGAAGUGACGCGCCCUACGGGUUUGUUCAACUUUUGCAACACCUGAAUACUACACCCAUAUCUGGCGACAUGGUUAGGAAAGCUACAGACAGAGAUCCCGUUCUAUCGACUGUGAAACGUAUGCUGCUGCGUGGCUGGGGUUCGCGAGCCCCUGGUGAUCUGCGUCCGUUUUUCAAUUGUAGAUUUGAGCUGAGCCUGCAUGAAGGAUGUAUCCUACGUGGAUCUCGCAUCGUUAUUCCAUUGACUCUCAGGUCAGCUGUACUGAAAGAAUUACAUGAUGCACAUCCAGCAUCAAACAGUUUAGCUGAAAGAGCGGUCCAAACCGUGAAAGAUGGUCUUCUAAAGCAGCGUAAUCGCUCGUUACGAACCAAACUUGACCGAUUCUUGUCCGCAUAUCGGAUUACACCGCUAGAGUCUAUCGGAAAGAGCCCUGGGGAGGCAAUGUUUGGGCGUCGACUACGUACGAGGCUAGACCUACUUUUUCCAGACCCCCGUCAGACCAGGCGUUGCCAGCAACAACGUACGCAUGAAAGUGGACGCGCACCAGUUAAGCCCCAGAAGUCGAUAGUGGAACGCGAUGUUUACACGAAACUACCACAUGAGCAGUUAUGGCAGCCUGGCACCGUGCUUACGAGCUCAGAAACGGAGGCCGAAAUACAACUAGAGAGUGGAGAGACAGUACGCAGGCACAAUGAUUUCAUCCGACCCCGCAUCCCAGUCACACCGUACGCUGGGGAAGAGAAAGUGGUUCCAGAAGACCUGGAGGAGACAAACAAAAACCAAACGGAAGAAAUCGAUCAGCCGAUUGCUAUUCGGAAACCGCACCGCUCACCUAAGCCGAUAGAACGUUAA